AUGGCGCAGAGAAAUCAAGAGGACGCCGGCGUCCACCAUUUGUACAGUGCCAAGUUGGCGAGGUCAAAGUUCACAACCGAAAGAAAGGCCUUAGUGGUUUUUGGCAUUCUUCUGAUCUCAGCGCUUGUAGCCCUUCGUUGGCUCGCGCACCAAAUUGUUCAGCUCAAGAGGAACCACCAACAGCUGUUGUCUGAUAACGAAGAGUUGAAAAACAGUUGGCCUGCCACACAAGAGAGUAUCCGCUGGAGGAUUACCUGGGAACUCGAAGGAGAAAGCUGCUACUAUUUCUCAGAAUCCUUUUUAACUUGGGAGCGCAGCCGAGAAUUUUGCCAGCAUCAAACCGCUGACCUGGUGAAGAUUGACACUCUGAAGGAGCAGAGAUUUUUGCAACUGAGACUGAAAGACAUCAUGUCCUCCCCAUGGGAUAAGUUCUGGAUCGGCCUGACAGACUCCCAGCAGGAGGAUCAAUGGCUGUGGGUGGACGGGUCCCGUCUGGAUUCAAGCUUCAAAUUCUGGGCCCGGGGUGAGCCUAACAAUUAUCAGCCCGAGGAAGGCGGCGAGGACUGCGUGCGCAUCGGUGAGAAGGACAGCUCUACAAACGUCCAAAACUGGUUCGACAAAGUCUGUGCGGUUCCGCACAGGUGGAUCUGCGAGAAGGCAGCGCAGAAAGGAUUGCCACGUUGCGUUCUCUGA